CCAGCUUCUGGGGCAUUGAGAAGGCAAUUCCUGGCUAGCGCUGACAUCUGAACAGGUGCAGUUAAAGACUCUGUCGCUUACAGGUAUCAGGAUGUUGGGCUGGGUCCAAAGGGUGCUGCCUCAGCCUCCGAGGACCCCUCAGAAGACCGAGGAGGCAGCAGGACCACAGCCAGAAACAGAGUCGAAACCCGAGGCAAAACCACAACCUGAGCCAGAGCCUCAGCUGGAACCAGAGCCAGAACCAGAACCUGAACCAGAACCUGAACCAGCACCUGAAGAGACUUUACCAGAGGUCCAGACCCUGUCACCAGAGGAGCCAAUGGAAGGAGAGGGCGAGGCUGAGGCUGGCCCUAGCCUUCAAGAGACCCAGGAAGCACAUCCUCCUCAGUCUACCUCCCAGCCCCAGGUUGCUGUUGCCAAGGUGAACAGGCCCAGCUCCUGGAUGUUGAGCUGGUUCUGGAAGGGUAUGGAGAAGGUCGUGCCACAGCCUGUCUGCAGCAGCAGUGGGGGCCAGAACCUGACUGCCAGAGAGGGAGGCCCAGAUCAGGGUAGAGCACAGAUCCCAGAGCCCUGUGGCAUUGGGAACCCAGGGUCUGCAGAUGGCUCAGACAAAGCUUCCAGGACUCAAGACACCGAACCCAGCCUGUGGCUACUCAGGUGGCUUGAGCAGAAUCUGGAGAAAGUACUACCUCAGACCCCUAGGCCUUCCCAGGCCUGGAAAGUUGAACCUGAGGGUGCUGUCUUGGAUCCAGAUCCCCCUGGGACCUCUAUGGAGCCAGAGCCCACAGAGAACCCCUCCCAGCCUAAUCCUGGACCCCUGGAGCCUGAGGAGGAACCACCUGCAGAGCCCCAACCUGGCUUCCAAACCUCAUCCCUGCCACCACCUGGGGACCCUGUCAGGCUGAUCGAGUGGCUCCUACACAGGCUGGAGAUGGCCCUGCCUCAGCCUGUGCUCCAUGGGAAGGCUGCAGAGCAGGAGGCUGACUGCCCUGGGACGUGUGAUGUACAAACCAUCAGCAUCCUCCCUGUGGAACAGGUGGAACAUGAUCUUGUCCUCGAGGAGGUGGACUCUUACUGGGAGGAUGCCCAGCAGGAAGAUGGUAGCAGCCUGCAGGAGACAGAGGUGGCUCCGGCUUAUGAAGAAGAGAGUGAGGCCAUGGUGGAGAUGACCAGAAGGCUGCCUCGGAUUCAAGAAGAAAGAGAAGAUGAGGACCAGGAAGAAGAUGAAGACAAGAAAGAGGAGGAGGAGGAGGAGGAGAAGGAAGAGGAAGAGAAGGAAGAGGAAGAGAAAGAAGAGGAGGAAGAAAAGGAGGAGGAAGAGAAAGAAGAGGAGGAGAGAGAGGAUGAAGAGAAAGAAGAGGAGGAGGAGAGAGAGGAGGAAGAGGAGGAAGAGAAAGAAGAAGAGGAGGAGGAGAAGGAAGAGGAGGAGAAGGAAGAGGAAGAAGAGAAGGAGGAAGAGGAGGAAGAGGAAGAAGAAGAAGAAGAGGAGCCUAUUGUCCUGCUGGAUAGCUGUUUGGUGGUGCAGGCUGAUGUGGACCAGUGCCAGCUAGAAAGGACACAGCCAGAGAUAGCAUUGAUCCAGGAGUUGCCAGAAGAGAAGGAGGAAGAAGAAAAGGAAGAGGAGAAAGAAGAGGAGAAAGAAGAGGAAGAGGAGGAGGAGGAAGAGGAGAAGGAAGAGGAAGAAGAGAAGGAGGAGGAGGAGGAGGGAGAAGAAGAAGAGGAAGAGGGGGAGGCCACAAACUCAACAGUACCAGCCACGAAAGAGCACCCAGAGCUCCAGGUAGAAGACACGGAUGCAGACAGUGGCCCCCUCAUCCCAGAGGAAACGCUCCCUCCAUCUGAGAGGCCACCACCGUCUCCUACCAAGUCUGACACCCUCACUGUUCCGGGCACGGAGGCAGCAGCUCACAGGAAGAAGCUACCCUCUCAGGAUGAUGAAGCCGAAGAGCUCAAGGCCCUGUCACCGGCUGAGUCCCCGAUGGUUGCCUGGUCAGAUCCCACCACCCCACAGGAGGCUGAUGGCCAGGACCGUGCAGCCUCCACCACCAGCCAGAACAGCGCCAUCAUCAACGACCGGCUCCAGGAGCUGGUGAAGAUGUUCAAGGAGCGGACAGAGAAGGUGAAGGAGAAGCUCAUUGACCCCGACGUCACCUCCGAUGAGGAGAGCCCCAAACCCUCCCCAGCUAAGAAGGCCCCAGACCCAGACCCAGCCCAGAAGCCUGUGGAGGCAGAGGCGGCAGAAGAGGAACACUACUGCGACAUGCUCUGCUGCAAGUUCAAGCGCAGGCCCUUGAAGAUGUACCAGUUCCCCCAGAGCAUCGACCCACUGACCAACCUCAUGUACAUCUUGUGGCUGUUCUUCGUGGUGCUGGCCUGGAACUGGAACUGCUGGCUGAUUCCUGUGCGCUGGGCCUUCCCGUACCAGCGGGCGGACAACAUCCACCUCUGGCUGCUCAUGGAUUACUUGUGCGACUUCAUCUACCUCCUGGACAUCACUGUGUUCCAGAUGCGCCUGCAGUUUGUCAAAGGCGGGGACAUCAUCACCGACAAGAAGGAGAUGCGUAAUAAUUACCUGAAGUCUCGCCGGUUUAAGAUGGACCUGCUCUGUCUCCUGCCCCUGGACUUCCUCUACUUGAAACUUGGCGUGAACCCCCUCCUACGCCUGCCCCGCUGCUUGAAGUACAUGGCCUUCUUUGAGUUUAAUAACCGCCUGGAAGCCAUCCUCAGCAAAGCCUACGUUUACAGGGUCAUCAGGACUACUGCCUACCUGCUGUACAGCUUGCACGUCAACUCCUGUCUUUACUACUGGGCGUCAGCCUUCCAGGGCCUCGGUUCUACUCACUGGGUUUAUGACGGCGUGGGGAACAGUUACAUUCGAUGCUACUACUGGGCCGUGAAGACUCUCAUCACCAUCGGAGGACUGCCCGACCCCCAGACGCUCUUUGAGAUUGUCUUCCAGCUGCUGAAUUACUUUACAGGUGUCUUCGCUUUCUCUGUGAUGAUUGGACAGAUGAGAGAUGUGGUGGGGGCCGCCACAGCGGGGCAGACCUACUACCGCAGCUGCAUGGACAGCACGGUGAAGUACAUGAACUUCUACAAGAUCCCCAGGUCUGUGCAGAACCGUGUCAAGACCUGGUAUGAGUAUACCUGGCAUUCGCAAGGCAUGCUGGACGAGUUGGAGCUGAUGGUACAGCUUCCGGACAAGAUGCGCCUGGACCUGGCCAUUGAUGUAAACUACAACAUUGUCAGCAAAGUGGCACUCUUCCAGGGCUGUGACCGACAGAUGAUCUUCGACAUGCUCAAACGGCUUCGCUCAGUCGUCUACCUACCCAAUGACUAUGUGUGCAAGAAGGGGGAAAUUGGCCGAGAGAUGUACAUUAUCCAGGCUGGGCAGGUGCAGGUGCUGGGCGGCCCAGAUGGGAAGGCUGUACUGGUGACCCUCAAAGCUGGAUCGGUGUUUGGAGAGAUAAGCUUGCUGGCUGUCGGGGGCGGCAACCGGCGUACGGCCAAUGUGGUGGCCCAUGGCUUCACCAAUCUCUUCAUUCUGGACAAGAAGGACUUGAAUGAAAUUUUGGUGCAUUAUCCGGAGUCUCAGAAGUUACUUCGAAAGAAGGCCAGGCGCAUGCUAAGAAACAACAACAAACCCAAGGAGGAGAAGAGUGUGCUCAUCCUGCCCCCGCGUGCGGGCACCCCGAAGCUCUUCAAUGCUGCCCUGGCUGCUGCAGGAAAGAUGGGCCCCAAGGGAGGCAAGGGCGGCAAGCUCGCCCAUCUGAGAGCCAGGCUCAAGGAACUGGCUGCACUGGAGGCAGCCGCGCGACAGCAGCAGCUGCUGGAACAGGCCAAAAGCUCGCAGGAAGCCGGGGGCUCGAAGGAAGCCGGGGGAGAGGAGGGCUCUGGAGGCACAGACCAACCCGCACCCCAGGAACCGCCGGAGCCCAAGAAGCACCCAGAGCCCGCAGCCCUGAGCUCUCCACCGCCAGCCUCAGCAAAGCCUGAGGGAAGCACGGAGGGGGCAGCAGGGCCCCCGGAGCCCUCGGUGAGGAUCCGUGUGAGUCCAGGCCCCGAUCCAGGGGAGCAGACACUAUCGGUGGAGAUGCUGGAGGAGAAGGAGGAGAGGGAGUGAGAUACAUGCAGCACCCUGAUCCCAUCCCCAGGUGGGGACCUGGCCUUUGAACCACCUGCCUCGCCAAGCAUCCUAGCCUAAGGGCGCCUUCUCACCUGCUUGUAGAAACUCUCAAAUUUCAUCAGGUGGUGGUGGUGCCCGUGAGCUCCUACGGUUCCUGGACACCCUGCUGCUCUUCCACAGUUGCUAUUUUCAAGAAGAAAACCGCCUCGCACUUUUAAAAGAUUGGAGGAGAGAAUGAAGAGGGCUCCGAGGAGAGAAUGAAGAGGGCUCCGACAUCAAGGAGAACUCUCAAGGUUGUCAGAUAUAGCAGGGUCCCCAACAGAACCCACCCUUUGUUUACAUGGUGGAGAAGAGCUGGAGACGGGGUGAGCAUCUGCAAACCUGGACUGGGAAGGUUGAAGUAUGAUAGUUCUCGGUUCAAGGUCAGCCAGGGCUAAUGAAAACCAGCCUCAAAACAAACCAAUACAAAACUGCUUGGGGAGUCCCCAGCACCUCUAAGCCAGUGGAUCGUGACCCCCUUUAGGGUCCCCAGCAGCUCUGAUGGGGGUUGCCUAAGACCAUUGGAAAUAUCAGAUAUUUACAUUAUGAUUCAUAACAGUAGCAAAAUGACAGUUAUAAAGUAGCACUGAAAAUAAUGGUUGGGGUGUAAGACUCUGAGGAGCCUUUGCUUACCAGGGACCCCCUGAGUGAACAACACGGAGCCGGAGAUCGAAGCAAAAGCAAG